AUGACACAUUUUAUUCCUCGCCAAAUUUUCCCCCAUUAUGGGGCCAUUCCGAGGUCUUACUUCCUGGGCCACCACCGGGCUGGAUUGACCAAGAUGAAGAAUAUGCUCUCGUCAAUUGACUACGUUGUUGAAUGUCGCGACUACCGAGCUCCAGUGACUUCCAUAAAUCCGAUGUUUGAAGAAGCAUUGGGCAAGACAAGGCGACUCAUUGUUUACACCAAGAGAGAUCUUGGUAGUAUUCCUCAGUCGCCUACACAGAAGCUGAUUGAGAAAAAGGUCCGGAGCUUCGAUUCCAAAAGUGCCGUCUUUUUCGUGAGUUCAUCAUCCCGCGCGGAUGUUACUCAGAUCAUCAAACACCUUCGAGAUGACGCUGAGGCUCCCGAUAAACUGGUCGGAUGCCGUGUUCUAGUAGUCGGCAUGCCCAAUAUUGGGAAAUCAACAUUGAUCAACCAUCUACGGAAUCACGGCGUGGGCAAAGCGAAGGCGCUGAAAACUGGAGGUCAGCCCGGGAUCACGCGCAAAAUCGCCACCCCUGUAAAAAUCAUUGAUCGAGAGAAUGGAUCGCAUGUCUACGUGCUCGACACUCCGGGUGUUUUCAUGCCGUACGUCCCGGAUGCAGAAAACAUGCUCAAGCUGGCUUUGUGUGGCUGUGUCAAGGAUGCAGUUAUCUCACCAGUCACCCUUGUGGACUACUUAUUAUAUCAGAUCAACCUGCACGAUAUGCAGGCGUACGAGCGGUGGUCUGAGCCGACGAACGAAGUUGUUCCACUGCUUGAAUCAUUCGCACGCCAAACUGGACUUCUAGGGAAAGGCGGAAUUCCCAAUCUGGAAUCUGCGGCCCAUCAUUUCAUUCAGAAAUGGCGAUCAGGGAGCCUUGGCCGCUUUAUUCUCGAUGAUCUGAAUCAAGAGCAGCGACGACGGGAUGACCCGGAUCAGCCAGUUCGUCUGAGCAUGUCUCAGGCCUUGAAAGUCGAGAGAGUAUCUCGAAAGAACAAGGGAGAUGUAAAAAGUCCCUCUUGA